GGAAGGUGAGGGCGCUCUGCCUUCCCCUCCUUCCAGUGCACUGGUGCCUCUCACUCUGCCCGUCACACGUUGUGUACGGCGGCCUGACCCCCCAUGAACCGGCGACUUCCUCUUUUUCAGAUUUCAUGGCGAUUGGGAGAGAGGGAAGACCACCGACGCACGCACACUGUAACAACACAACCGAAUACUUUUAUUGGGUAAGAUCUGAGCAGUCAUCGUGAAACACAGACAACAGACACUGAUCAGAAUUUCUGGAGUUGCAGUGGUGGUUUUUCGUGCUGGUGUUCUUUUGAAGGGGCUCCUUUACCGUCUGUGCGGUGCUGUUGUCUUGCUGUGUCCUGGAUCAGGACUGCCAGCCUAUGGCUCUAAUGGACAAACACAAAGUGAAGAGGCAGAGACUCGAUCGCAUCUGCGAGGGGAUCCGCCCCCCCAUCCUCAACGGGCCCAUGCACCCUCGGCCCCUGGUGGCCCUCCUGGACGGGCGGGACUGUACCAUAGAGAUGCCCAUCCUGAAGGACGUGGCCACUGUGGCCUUCUGUGACGCCCAGUCCACACAGGAGAUCCAUGAGAAGGUGCUGAAUGAGGCAGUAGGGGCCCUGCUGUAUCACACCAUCACUCUCUCCAGAGACGACCUGGACAAGUUCAAAGGCCUCAGAGUUAUUGUCAGGAUCGGUAGCGGCUUUGACAACGUUGAUAUCAAAGCUGCGGCUGAGCUGGGCAUCGCGGUGUGUAACGUGCCCGCGUCGUCGGUGGAGGAGACUGCCGACACCUCCAUGUGUCUGAUCCUGAACUUGUACCGCCGCGUCACCUGGAUGCACCAGGCCCUGAGAGAGGGCACCCGGGCCUCCAGCGUGGAGCAGAUCAGGGAGGUGGCCGGCGGAGCGGCCCGCAUCCGCGGGGAGACGCUUGGCAUCAUAGGUCUGGGUCGUGUGGGCCAGGCGGUGGCUCUGCGGGCCAAGGCCUUUGGUUUCGGGGUGAUCUUCUACGACCCCUACCUGCCUGACGGCGUGGAGCGCUCCCUGGGCCUUCAGAGGAUGGCCACCCUGCAGGACCUGCUCAUCCACUCCGACUGUGUCUCUCUCCACUGCAGCCUCAACGAGCACAACCAUCACCUCAUCAACGACUUCACCAUCAAACAGAUGCGUCAGGGUGCCUUCCUGGUGAACUCUGCACGGGGUGGUUUGGUAGAUGAGAAGGCUCUGGCUCAGGCCUUGAAGGAAGGACGGAUACGAGGAGCUGCCCUGGAUGUUCACGAGACGGAGCCGUUCAGUUUCUCCCAGGGUCCCCUGAAGGAUGCUCCUAACCUGAUCUGUACCCCUCACACCUCCUGGUACAGUGAGCAGGCCUCCAUCGAGGCCCGAGAGGAGGCAGCUAGGGAGGUGCGCCGUGCCAUCACUGGUCGUAUCCCAGACAGCCUGAAGAACUGUGUGAACAAGGAGUAUCUGAUGGCCGCGUCCCAGUGGCCCAGUAUGGAGGCUGCUACCGUUCACCCUGAACUCAACGGAGCCUCUGCUUACAGGUUUCCUCCAGGUCUGAUCAGCGUGGCAGCGGGGGGGUUGACGGGGGCUGGGGCUGGGGUAGAGGCUCUGGUGUCAGGUGCCCUGGCUCAUGGCAUCACCCCCGUGUCUCACCCCCCCCACGCCUCGUCGCCAGGGCAACCCAGCAAGGCCGAGGCCGACAGAGACAUCUCCUCUGACCAAUAGCUCCCCAACAUUCCUCCGGCGCCCCUGGAAACCAACAGCACCAACCCCACCAUAACCGCCACCAACCCUCUGAUCUCAGGCAGAUUGACACUGUGGUCCUGGUUUGAUCUGGAUCUGUUCAAGUUCCGGUCCUUCAAAAUACAGUACCGACCCAGGAGUGACCCGCCCGUCCGCACCGUACCCCCCCCCCCUUCCAGGACCCCUUUCUUGGAUGCCCCGACGGAGCCCCAUCCAUACACCAACGCACCUUCAGCAAUAACUCUUCUCAAGGAUUCAAUAAUUGGAUUGGUAUAUUUCUUUUUCCUCCUAAUUUUUUGGUGUAUUUUUUUUUUUUUUUUUUGUAUAAGCAAAAUAAGUAUUGCUGUUGAUCUGUUAUGGCUCCAGUUGUUUUUGUUUCUUCGAGUAGCAUUUGUGCAGCAAGGUGGGAGCGUGAGUCUGGCGGUCCCUGCUGGCUGUUUUGAUCAGUGCAACUUUGAGAGGUGUGAAGGUUUGGCCCAGUGUAAAUUAGUGGCUGUCUGUUACCGCUCUUCUUUUCUGUCACGCAUCUCCUUUUUGAGAAAAAUACAACAUGUGUACAAAAGUAACAGACAGCACAACACAACAUCGGGUAUCUUUUUGCAAAGUAAUCCCAGUUCUGUAUUGGUUUCUAAGUCAACUAAAGCUUUUACCAGUAUGGACCAGGCUGCCUGAGUCUGUCUGUCUGUCUGUCUGUCUGUCUUUCUGUCUAGAUUAGGGAUGAAUAACAUCAGUAGAGCUGAGACCUUAAUGAAGUGUGUGAAAUUUGUCUCCUCUGCCUCUGCUUGGCUGUGUCAAACCCUGAGAAGAUCUCCGUUUCGUACUCCUCAUGUCCUCUCCUCGUGUUCUCUCCUCGGCUCUUUCAUCAUUGGGCGUGGUCCUCUGGGGGUAAUGGGAGAGGAGUGUGAGGACCGUGAAAUCCAGAUUGUCCCCCUGUGCCCUCUGUCUCCGCUCCUUCAGAUGGUUGGCGAUUACCUGCUUCCCUUAUUUUACUUGCCCUUUUGAAGAUGUAAUGGCCAAGCUCCUUUUUCCUGCAGCAGUUACUUCCAGUUGAAAGGUCAGAUGAACGGAUCAUCACGUUACGAUAAUGCACGCAUGGUCUUCUACACAUUGAUAGUUAGGGGAAAGGUGUCCUCUGUGACGCCUGUCCUGAAAUGUGUAACUUCAGCACUGGGGGAUCAGCUGGAGGUCAGUGGGUUCGUGGGCGACGUGGCUCUUUGUUCAAUGAUCUUUUCCUGACCGUGGCUUGGGCCUGGUGGGCGACCCGGAGCAGCACAUUUCAGCUGUGUAGGGCUGAAAUUCGUCCAGCAGGGGGGGCCGCCGGCAUGCCGCUGGUGGGGCUGUGGUCGUUCAGGGAGAGCUGAGGCAGUUUGGCUGCAGCUUUGAGUGGUGGAGGACAUGUCUCUGGCUUCCCCCCAGGGUUUGUCAACGCAUCCACACAGAGCCGUCGCCCACUGGGCCGCUGACCAUCCACCACUGAUGAUUUUAAAUACGACAGAGAAGGGAGUCAAGGACACGCUGUCUUCCUCUUCCCCCAGGGCCCCCAACCCCUCCGGCCCCAGAAGAUGUCCCACUCUGCUAGCGUGUUAUCGGCCGAUUAAUAAUCCAUGCGUCCUUCUUAACAUGGGACCUGCCGGUGAGUGGAUUCAACCAUCCCUUUAAGACACAGGGAUCCUUUGUUCCCUUAAAGGACAAAGGGCGAGUGAAUGGAGUGUCAAAUUCGCACAUACUCCUAUUGGCUUUUCAAGCGAGACCGUGUUUUUGUCUGUGGGUCCCGCCCGUGGUUCUGUUGACAAGUCGUCGUUUCCAAAGGUGUAGUCCCUACGAGUAACUACUAAUGCCGUCGUCGUCCUCUCGCGUCGUAUCAAGGGAAAACCUUUUCUAGUACCUCAGUCACAGAUAUUGAAUGUACUUUCAAACCCUUUUUCUUUUUUGUACAGCUUUUUUAGGAGCCUCUUUGCUAUUCCUGACCUGAAGGGUUGUGAAUAUUGUAGCAAUGAUGACGAUAAACAAAUGCCCCGCUCAAUAGCCUGAUUGACAAACAACCUUUUUGAAUUUUUCCAGUUUUUUCCACUGUAAAAAAAAGAAUAUCUCAGGCUUCAGAACGAGUUACUUGUAUCCUCCUUUGCCAUGGAUAUUUUCUACUUCAUUUGUUUCUUUGUGAGAAAAGAGCACAAUGAUUCCCCAUGACUUUUGAUUUCAGCGUCAGAGUUCAGUUGCUCUGAUGAACUUCAACCUCCAAUUCUACUAUAAAGAGCGAACCUGGAGAAAUGUCAAAGUGCCAGCUUGAUCCGCUAGUUUCCUUUUGUACAACUUUGAACUGGACACCGUUCUGUUCUCCCUUUUCAUGCUGCUCAUACUAUUGUGCGUGUGAGGCAUGUUUGGAGGACACGUUUUAUUGGCGUGAGGACUGCACGUUGUCUUGUUGUCCACCCUUUGCGCCCCAGUGCUUAAUCCUUAACCUAAGUUGCCAUUUUGUGGUGGUCAGUAACCAGUGAUGUACAGUUUUCUCUUCCUACCAGAGUCUAUGAGGACAUGGGAGUGUGUGUUGAGAUAUUAAUGGCUCCAGUGUCAUGUGACGAGUAUAUAUUUUUAAAAUACCCCCCCCGUAGUUUGAAUUAUGAACAUGAAUAGAACUCUUGAAUGGCCGUUGAUGAUUUUGAUGACGUUCGUUUCCAGUUCAGCAGUACACUGUGUUGUUCAUCAACUCUUUUUUCACCUUUUUUUAUUUUUAUUUGUAUGUUCAUGUGUAAUCAAUCACUCUGUGUUCUGCAUGUUGUACAGAAACAUUUCAGGAAUGGAAAAAAAAAACAAUAACCUUUGGAAAAUUUGAAUGAAUUGGUUUUUGUCCGUGGCGUACGUAGGGUAGCUGCCCUGUCCAGCCGGAAACCUCCGGGCCUUAACUCCCUGUAGUAGCUGUAGAGCGUUGCCAUGGAAACACUCACUGCCUUAAACAGUUGACCACAGUAGGUGGGUUAGGACACCGUCAGAUGUCACAACGAAACCUCACUCGCCACUCCCACUAAGGUCUAAUGGCUGGGUUUCCUGGAUGAGCCCAUGCUAACAUUUUCCACAUGUUGCUCCGUGUGUCUUAGAUUCACAUCAUUUGCUAAUAAUUUGAGGGCAUCAAUCAAAAUAUGCGUUCUAUCGAUGCGGAAAAAAAACCAUUUGAGGUUUAACCAGGUUAACUCUUGAUUGAAUACGCCCUAAGCGUAGCUGCCCAGUUCACUCAGUGUUACAGACUACAGAGAAGUCCAACUGAUAUUUAACUAAAUCGUAUGAAAAUGUUCCCUCUUGCUCCAGUGCUCUGAAAGGGUCUUUCACAAUCUGCCCCAAGCCCAGGGGGUCAUAAUGGACACAGGUUUGGUCUGUCAGACCAGCGGAAAAUUAUAGACAGGAUUGGUCACUUUUCUCUCAGGGUUUAAAUGCACACACAUCCUGCAGUCUCGCUCUCUCUUUCUGUGGGUUUCGUGUUCCUCCCUCAAAAUGUAGAUUAGCCCCCUGACUCCCAGAAGCUCUCCCUUCAGUUGUUCACCGUGAGUUCGGUGUUUUAUUUUUACCUUCUGUUCUUUGGCACUGACAUCUAACCUUCAUCUAACAAUGAAUGAAUGAAUGAAUGUUUUAAAUGAGCUGUGUGUAUUGACGAAAUUUGGGAAAUGUAUUUUUACAACAUGAGUUUUUCUUCUUUUUUUUUUUUUUUUGGUCUUUCACUCACUCUUAGUUGUGAAUUAAUUAAUUUUCUUUCACCAGACUGCAAAACCAUAAAAAGAGAAAAAAUGUUUCCUGUAACUAGGCUCUUAAGCUUUAUUUUUGUUUUGUUGACUUUUUUAUUAGAAACAAUCAUGUUUGUUAUGGUGACUUCUGAUGGUAAACUCCACACCAUAUUUUAAUAAAGUUGUAAAAAU